AUGUGGAAGCUGGUUUGUCCUCUGCUUCUCCUUUGUUUACCUCCAGCUGUGGUUCCCCUCUUCUGUUACACCUGUGUGUUCCCCACCGCCUCUCCUCUGGACUGCAUCCAAUUCCCCCUCAUGUGCCCCCCUGAGCAGGUCUGUCUGUCCAGCCGAGCUGUGGGCGUGAAAGGAGAUUUCCGUGUGGUGUUAAAUGAGAAGAGCUGCAUCCUGCCCUCAAUGUGUGGAGUCACGGGUGAAAAAUACACCAUGGGGCUCAACUUCACCUUCACCAAUGAAUGCUGCGAUACACAUCUGUGCAACGGAGCUUCAACACCUCCUAAUCCCUCCUGGACUGUCUCAUUACUCCUUCUAUUUAUUCUAAACACAGUUUGGUAA